AUGCAUUAAGAAGCUCAGCAGCAGGGUGUGGUGGCUUGAGGGAGGUUAAACUCUCUCAGUUCACCCCUCUGGUUGCUAGGGUUUCUAACACAGGACAGGGUUCCAGACAAGGGCAAGAGAGAUUCACAAGGAGGACUAGAGAGCAAAUUCAAGGACUGUGAAGUUGGCCAAACCUUUCCAGACAGACACAAAGAAUGAUUAUUCUUAAGGCCAUAAUGGUUCUAUUAAAUGUACAACAUACAAAGACCAAGAGUGAACCUUGUGAACUGGAUUUUCAAACCAAACAACAGCCAGGAAGAGACACCUCAAGUCCUGCCUCUGCACGGAACUGAUCCAAAACCACUGGACAGGUGUUAUUUCAUUUGCCUUCAGAAGAUUGCCAUGCCUUCAAGUACAGAUAUGAUGGACAACUCCCACAGCCAGACUGUCCUUUGCUGCUUGAAUGAACAACGCACCAAAGGAGUCUUUUGUGAUGUAACCAUUGUUGUGGAGGACGCCAAGUUUAAAGCCCACAAAAAUGUCUUGGCAGCAGCCAGCAUUUACUUUAAGAACCUCUUUUCAAGCCAGGAGUUGUGGUUGGUUGGCCAUAUCCUGGAGCUGCCUGACUUCAAGGCAGAUGUGUUUGCAGAAAUACUGCAUUUCAUCUAUAGUGCAAAGGUAGCUAUCAAAGGGUAUGAGAGAGUUCAAGAACUUGUUGAUGCUGGGAAAAGACUAGGCAUAUCAUUUUUGGAAAAUCUGAUGCCUAUUCCUCAGCAACACAUUGAACCUGUAAAUGCACUAAGCAGUUGUUCACCUAAUUCUACUCAGUCUGUUUCUUCUGCUUCUUCCCUCUCCUUGCCAACUAGCCUUCCAAAUUUCAAAGCAGAGGACUGCAAUGCUAUGAGUGACAAAGGCAGUGAGGAUUUCCAUUGUGUAAAUGGACCUCGAAUCACAAAUGCGUUUUCAAUUUUUGACAUGCAGGCUGGCAAUGACAUGUAUUUUCCAGUUGAUUUGACAACCAAUGUCAACAAAAAAACAACAGAAUCUGAUAAGCUGUCCAUGGUAUGUGUUGGCCAGGCUGCAAAUGGCACACAGCAGAUACCUGCUCAUACUUUUGCUGAACAUUCCUAUGCUGUAUCUUCUUCUCGAAAAGAUCAGCAAAAUGUUGAUCCUCCUUAUGAUCUUCAAGUAAAGGAACCUGUGGAAGAAAAUGAAAAACCUUUGUGCAAUAUUAAUAGCAAUACUGCUGAUUCUGGAGCUACACAGGAGAUGCAGUUGGAAGACCAAAUUUCCAAAGCCCCGCAAACACUCUACACUGCAAGCUCAACUGGCUUUAAUGUUUUACGAUUUAACUUGAAUGCUUUGCAAACUGCAAAUGAUAGUAGUCCAGUAAAUGUUGUGCCAGCUACUGAUCCAUUAAAUGGACCUGAUGUGGAGACAAAGGAAACUGAAGGUGGAGGCAAUGAUGAAGAAAGAACUUCUGCUAUGGAAAACAUGAGCAAAUUAGUAUCUAAUACUGUUUGGUCUGAAACUGCACCAGCAGUACCAUGCCAAACUCCUUACAAUUGUAAAUAUUGCCCGCGAUCUUUUAGUACUCGAGCAUCAUUGAAUGUCCAUUCCCAAAUCCACACAACACUUUUAGAGAAGCCCUUAUCCUGUAGGCAUUGUGGUAAACCAUUCGUUCAUCUGAAGAGGCUGCAGACUCACGAGCAUCUUUGCAGAGGACCAGGAACGACUUUGUCUGAUCGUGAAUCAACUGAUGAGCAAGUGGAGAAUAUUUGCAGCGACAAUGAAGUUGCAAGUGGUGAGGAAGAUCGAAAUUCAAUUUCUCACGCUUUAGAAAUAGAACCUUCCAACAAGUGCCCAUUGAAAUUGGUGCAGUCAAGGAGAGGCAACAGCUCCCCAGAACCAGAACAUUUUGUGAAAGUUGUUGAGGGACACAUUUUAUAUUUUUGCAGUGUUUGCAAACGUUCCUAUGUAACUCUGUCGAGCUUAAAGAGACAUGCCAAUGUUCAUUCUUGGCGGCGAACAUAUCCCUGUCACUACUGCAAUAAGGUAUUUGCAUUAGCUGAAUAUCGUACUAAACAUGAAAUAUGGCAUACUGGAGAGAGACGCUAUCAGUGCAUCUUUUGUUUAGAGACAUUUAUGACCUACUAUACUUUGAAAACCCAUCAGAAAUCUUUUCAUGGCAUUGACCCAGGUCUUCCCACAAACAAGAAAGCUGCAAGUGGUGGAUAUAGAGCCAAGAUGUAUCCAUUCAAACUUUACAGGCUUCUACCUAUGAAACUACAAAAAAGACCUUACAAAACUUACACUAGAUCUUGCCCAGAAACCUGCAAAGAUAAUAAAGUUGUCGGAGUUCCUUCAACUGAUGAAAAUGCGAGUUCUCUUGACAUCAAUAAUUUUUCCAUCAGUAGUAGCAUGUCAUCUACUUCAGAGCACUUGCAGGAUAAGUUGCUAUCUUCAGAAAUUAUGCCUUCACAGCAGUCUUCCCUUUGUGCACCAGGAUCCUUUCUCACAGAACGAUCUGAAAGUGGUGCAAGGGAAACAUGCCUCUUGGCUGAAUGUGAAGAUGGCAGUCUUUCCGCUGGCUGCUAUCUUAAUGAUCCCUUACUUUCUUGCACUUCAACAGAAAAUGAAACCUAUCAUAACGAUAAAGAUGAUGCUGAUAAUAGGCAACAACCGUUGGCCACUGACAUGAACAGUACAGGUCUUUCCGUUAUUAACUAUGGGCACACAGCUCAGUCUGUUAUAAUGCACAGUAAUAGGGUUUCAUCUGUUAUAAAACAUGGAAAUGCAUUUUCUUCAGUCAUUACGUACAACCAUGGAGUACAGUCUGGCAAUGAUAUUUAUCAUCCACUUUCACAGACCAAUAUGAGCAACGAUUCUUUGGACACAAAUCCAAGGAAAAAUAUUUCUAAAGAUUGUGUUAGAUUUCAGAAAAAAGGUAUCUACAAAGAGGGAAAUGGACAAAUCACAGAACUGGUUGCUACACAAAAAAAUCAUUCAAGUCCUUUAUCUGGAGGAUGUCGAACAGAAACUUAUAUUGCAAAGCCUGCCUUCCCUGGAACCUCCACAGAUAGUCAAGUAGCUCCUCUUUGCCAAAUUACAGUGAAGAUCGGGGAUAAAGCAGUUGUACAAAGACAAAUUACUGGAUCCAAACAGUUCCGUAGAAAAGGUAGAAAACCUAAAUAUAUGAUUCCAAAUGAAGAAAAGAUGGUCCAGGAUAUUAAAUUAGAAGAAAGUGAAGAACAGAUUACCAAGUCACCCAGUUACACAGAUCCUAUUGGAAGUAUUGCAGAUUCUACUGGAGGCAUUGAAACAUGUGAUGAAAUGAGUGAUCAUGACUCAAAUGACAAACUUUGGAGACCAUACUAUUCAUAUAAGCCAAAAAAGAGAUCUAAAGGCUUUAAUAAACUGAGAAAAUCUAGAUGGAAGAAAAAUGGUGGAUGCAAUGUUGAUAGCCCUUCUGUUCCAAUUCCUGCUAUCAGUGAAGAACAGAAUUUUGACAUCCCAAAAGGAAUUGCUUUAAACGAAGAGAUUAAUGAUGUAUCUCAAGAAUCUAAUUGUACACUUGGCAAUAAAACAAAACAUUCUGAAGAAGCGAAAAGACAACUAAAAUGCCAUUCAACAACAAAGCCUUAUUCAUGUACUAUUUGCACAAAAUUAUUUCCAAACUCUUCUACAUUGAAAAUGCAUAUGAGAUGUCAUACUGGUGAACAACCUUUCUCCUGCAAAUCCUGCGGCCGACGGUUUUCCGUCCAAGGAAAUCUCCAUAAACAUGAACGCAUCCAUUUGGGUGUUAAAGAAUUUGUUUGCCUCUACUGCAACAAGGCCUUCACUUUGAGUGAAACUCUUAAAAAGCAUGAAAGGAUCCACACUGGGGAAAAGCGGUACCGCUGUCACUUCUGCCCUCGGCGUUUCCUUUACUUGACGACCAAGAAGAAUCAUGAGCAAAGACAUUUGGAAAGAAAGCGUGCUCAGCAGGUAGGAAAAGAGCAUGUUUGUUUCCAGUGUUUUAAGGUUUGCAAAACAGCAGCUGCACUUGGUAUGCACCAAAAAAAGCACUUAAUAAAGCAUCCUAGUUGUGAGGAUGCAGAAGGAUCGAAGAACUACCAAAGUGAUCUCCACACAAAUAUGACUUGUCCAACUGUAGCCGAAUCUAAGCUUAAAAAUAGGACAGAGGCAGAGAACAAACUGAAAUUAGCAACUACUACAAGUAGUUGUGAACAGAACCAUAGUUCAUGCGACACAGAGCUCAGCCCUGAUUGUGGCCAGCCUCAUCUGCCAACUGUUCAAACUAAUAGUGCAAAAUACCCAUGGCCAAGUGCUCAUGACAUCAGUGCAGAUCCUUUACAGAGAUCACUACCACAGAAUAGUGAGAACAUUUGGCAGAUUCACCAGCAAAAUCUAGACAUUAAUCUGCCUAUUUGCAGAAAUAUUUCUUAUCAGUGUGAGAAUAGCGACAGAGAUGACAGCAGAUUUGUUUUCUACCAACAUUCUUCUAAAAUGUUUUAUACUCAUCAGGGCGAAGGGAUGGUCUACAAAGCCAUGUAAAAAAAACUGCUCAAUCUUGAGGAUUUAGUGCUUUCUUCUGCUAUAGAUUGGAAUAUCAUUGAAACCCAAAAUGUUUAAGUUAAAAGCACAUUUUUGUGUUUAAGAAAUUGUGCUGCAGGAGAUUAUGAAGGUAUUACAGGUCAAACUCUCAAGUGACCUUGGGAAAGAAAUCGUGUUUCCUCUUUUUUUUUUAAGUCAUUUUCUUGAAGGAAAUAAAUACCACUAUUUCUCCUAAAACCAUUAUUUCCCAGUUGUUUCUGAAAAUUUCCCUUGUUUUAAACAUCAUUAUGUUGAAACUUUAAAAAUGUAUCUAAUUUUUUUACGUCUAUGAGGUGUUCACUGAAGCUUCUAAUGCAGAGAAGCAUGCUUGCAGCAUUGGUUUAAGUAGAAGCAAGUUGGGUACUAAAUUAAACUUACUUUCAAAGUUAAAGUGAAUAGUGUUAAUGCAAAGCAUCCGUCCAAGAUAUUAAAAUAGCCAAUUAUAUCACUAGAAAGGUCCAAAAGUCAUGACAACUGGUAGCAGUCUUGUAUGUACAGAUACAUAUAUGUAUAUUUGUGUAUAUAUAUAUGUCUUUUUCAUUAGUAAGAUACAACUAUAGAUAUGUGAUGUAUACUGUGCCCACAAGUACCAUUUUCCCCCCUCUUGCACAGUGACAUUUAACUGUAUUUAGAUCAGAGUUUAAAAAAAACUGUUGUCAGUUUGCUCUUUCUCAUGCUUUAGUUUGUAUUUUUUGCCCAGAAAAUAGUGUUUGAAACAUUUAAGGAGAUUUCCUGAUGUACAUGUCAGCAAUAACUUGAAAUUUAAUUGUAUAAAUGUGUGACUGUUGUUGGAUUAACAUUUCAUGUAACAAAUGUAAAGGAAUUUGUCAAACUAAGGGUUACUUUUUUUUGGGAGGGUUACUUUUAUUGGGAGGGAGGUAUGGAAGGGGAAAGGUUUUUUUGUGUUAAAAGGAUGUGAUCACUGUAGAUGCCAUUGAUGGAAUUAAUUUGAUGUAAUAAAGCAAAUUAAACAAUAUAAUUUU